AUGUUGCAGGUCAAAUCACCCUCUUCAAAGUCGAACUGUGGGUUAACAUCCAAAUCUUCAGAGGGCUUAAUAGAGUGGCUGAGAAUAUUACUAUUAAGAACGGGCAAGUGGCACUCUGACUGGACACAAGUAACUCAACACCCAAAGGAUCAGAAGCAGGCAAGUCAAACCACCCGAAGGACUGGGAGUAGGCAAGGUCAACACCCGGACGACCGUCAAGUAGUCAACACCAAAGAAAACGACCGGGACCGGAAACAGGCAAGUCAACACCCGAAGGCAAGUCGGAAACAAGGCAAGUCAACCCGAAGCAAACAGGCCGAAGGACCGGAAAACAAGGGCAAAAGUCAACACCCGAAGGACCGGAACAGGCAAGUCACACCCGAAGGACCGAAACAGGCAAGUCAACACCCGAAGGACCGGAAAACAGGCAAGUCAACACCCGAAGGGAAGGACCGGAACAGGCAAGUCACCACCCGACCGAAAACAGGCCAACACCCGAAGGACCGGAAACAGGCAAGUCACCACCCGAAGGACCGGAAACAGGCAAGUCACCACCCGAAGGACCGGAAACAGGCAAGUCACCACCCGAAGGACCGGAAACAGGCAAGUCACCACCCGAAGGCCCGGAAACAGGCAAGUCAACACCCGAAGGACCGGAAACAGCAAGUCACACCCGAAGGACCGGAAACAGGCAAGUCAACCACCCGAAGGACCGGAAACAGGCGCAACACCCGAAGGACCGAAACAGGCAAGUCACCACCCGAAGGACCGGAAACAGGCAAGUCAACACCCGAACGACCAGAAGCAGGUAAGUCAGCACCCGAAGGACCAGAUGCAGGUAAGUCAGCAACCAAAGGACCAGACGCAGGGAUGUCAGCACAGAAAGACCAGACACAGGUAUGUCAGCACCCAAAGGACCAGAAGCAGGUAAGUCAGCACCCGAAGGACCAGACGCAGGCAAGUCAGCAACUGAAGGACGAGGAGCAGGAAAAUCAACACUUAAACUGUGUCAGAUAUACUUCGAUUGAUACAGGCAUCGUUUUUAAUGGUUUUAUCUGA